AAGGAGGCGCUGAGUCUCCAAUCAUUGAUUUCGUGAAUACCUGGCAGUGUGUAACGAGUCAGACACAGUCCAUGGCUUUGGUGCAGGCUUUGUCCAGGUGUUCAACAACCCUGAGGUGGAGACUGUCCUCGCACAGCCCUGCCCUCCUUGUAGGGGGUGCUACUCUGAACAGCCAGCACUCCCACACACCCAGGCCCCCUUCUUUAAGAACCCCAGCUUCUCUAUUCCACCAAAGUAAAACCAAAGCCAGUCCUGACCCAAACAAGCCCACCUCAGUGUUUUCUUCUGGGUUGGAGAGAGAGGUGUUUGAUAUGGGGAUGUGGUCCCUGGGUCUAGGGGCACUCGGAGCAGCGCUGGCAGGGAUCUUUCUGGCCAACACCGACCUGUGUCUAUCUAAAGCUGCCCAGGCAUCGCUGGAGUACCUGGAGGAUGCUGACCUGCGAUCCACCUCGGAUGAUGACGAGGUCAUCAAAGCCAAGAGCCUGUGGGAAAAGAACGGGGCUGUGGUCAUGGCUGUGCGGCGACCUGGAUGAUUUUUGUGCAGAGAGGAGGCCACGGAGCUGUCCUCUCUAAAGCCCCAGCUGGAAGAGCUUGGGGUCCCUCUGGUUGCUGUGGUCAAAGAAAACAUCGGCACAGAGAUCCAAGACUUCAGACCACACUUUGCCGGAGACAUCUACAUCGAUGAAAAUAAACACUUCUACGGCCCCAUACAGAGAAAGAUGGGGGGGCUGGGUUUCAUCCGUCUGGGAGUGUGGCAGAACUUCAUGCGGGCCUGGAGGUCGGGUUACCAGGGCAACAUGAACGGCGAGGGCUUCAUCUUAGGGGGGGUGUUUGUCAUCGGAGCAGGGGACCAGGGGGUACUUCUGGAGCACCGUGAGAAGGAGUUUGGGAAUAAGGUGGAAAACGCAGAUGUCCUCGAGGCUGUUAAGAAAAUUGUGCCGGUGAAAUAAUUUGGUUUUUGUCACCAACAGUUGAUUUAGCGUUGUUCUCACAAAGACACGGCAUUAGGGAAAGGACUAAGAAAAUGUUUUAGGAUUAAUUCUCCAACACAAAUAUAUUUGUUUACCGUUUUGAAUUUACUCAUUGCAUCUGAUGUUGCACGGUUUUCUGUUAUUGCUAGAGCUGUAUGUAAUACUAUCAUUUUGAAUCAAGGGCAGUGGCAUUGGCAAUUUUCUCUUGUUUACAUAAAGUUGCAAUCAUUCAGUGAUGUCGCAACGCUCUCUCUGUCGCUGGCCUGCAGUUGUAAGUCAAUAAUGUGAAAUUUGUUCAGGUGAUCUUGGCGCUUCUCUGUUUUUAUUGUCAAAUCAACUUCAGAAGUGGAUUGCCUUCUAUAGUGUGUGCAGGUGAAGGAACUGAUAGUUGAGCAAAACAAAGCACUUGAGUGCAAAACAAAGUCACCGUCACAUAUAACUGAUGGUUCCUUUAUCUCCGCCAAACGCCAAAAAGCUAAUGUCGAGGCCAGGGCUUUUAAAACGGGUAUCUAAACAAAUAAGGCACCUCAUGGCAGCAUAAUUUUCAUUCAGGUAAAUUAACUUAAAGAACUUAAUAUUUGAGUAAACUCAGUCUCCUGUCCUUGUACAGCAACACGACUAACAGAAUGCUGGAUUAUAAACUUGAUUAAAAUGUUGUGCAAAGCUGAAGUCACUCAUAUUAGCAUCCACAAGUUUUUUUUUUUCAUCUUUAGUUGUGAACCGUGUGAUGCAUCUCGGAAGGUACUCAAGCAUGCCGCUAAAUGAAGCAGGUGUGUGUGUUCUCUGUAUGUGAUAAUGAAAACCUGACUUGAAACUCUACCAUGAGAGGAGCAGGUUUGAUGCCCAAACAUGCAUAGGUCAAGCCAUAACUGCUAUGUUGGUCGGUAGGCUUGGUGCUUGAAGCAGAUGUUUUGUGUGUGAGUGUGUGUAUGUGCGUGAGGGACAGAAUGUCAGUAGUAGCACCAACUACAAUAAAUUGCAGAG